AUGGGUGGGUGUUUGAGUUCAAGUCCCAGUCAGGCUCCGGACGAGAUAGUGGACUUAAAGAAAAGGAGUCAAAUGAUAGACAAGAAGUUGGAGGAAGAUUCGAAAAGAUUGCGUCGAGAAUGCAAGAUCUUACUUCUGGGCUCUGGCGAGAGCGGAAAGUCGACGAUUGUGAAACAGAUGAAAAUCAUCCAUCAGAACGGAUACACGGUUGAAGAACUAUCAAUGUGUCGCCUAACAGUCUAUAAAAAUUUGCUGGAGUGCGCAAAGUCACUGGUCACCGCCAUGUACGACUUUAAUAUACUGCCUUCCAGUUCAAGAGUACGGGAGUUCAUGGACUACUUGGACGAAUACAGCAUCGAUCCAGAUCCAAACACCCCCCUUGACCCCAAAGUUGGCGAGGCUGUGACAUACCUCUGGAAUGAUCCGUGUAUACCAGCUGUUCUUGACCGCCAAAACGAAUUCUAUCUGAUGGAUUCAGCGCCCUACUUUUUUGAUGAGGUAAAACGUAUCUCGAUGCCAGACUAUAUCCCGAACGAGGCGGACGUUCUUCGAGCGCGAACGAAGACAACUGGUAUAUAUGAAACGAGGUUCACCAUGGGCCAACUCAGCAUUCACAUGUUUGAUGUGGGCGGUCAAAGAAGCGAACGCAAGAAAUGGAUUCAUUGUUUUGAGAACGUAACAUCGAUAAUAUUCUGCGUGGCACUGAGCGAGUAUGACCAAGUUCUGCUAGAAGAAAGCAAUCAGAAUCGAAUGAUGGAGAGUCUAGUAUUAUUUGAUUCCGUGGUCAACUCUCGCUGGUUCAUGCGAACUAGUAUCGUUCUAUUUUUGAACAAGGUAGAUUUGUUCAGGCAAAAGCUCGCACGGUCGCCGCUUAGCAGGUAUUUUCCUGAUUAUUCCGGAGGAAACGAUAUCAACCGAGCCGCCAAAUAUCUUCUCUGGAGAUUCAACCAAGUGAAUCGAGCGCACCUUAACCUCUACCCUCAUCUAACUCAAGCCACCGACACUUCAAACAUCAGACUCGUUUUCGCCGCCGUCAAAGAAACAAUCUUACAGAACGCGUUGAAGGAUUCUGGGAUCCUUUAG